CCCAGAUAACUUUCCUCAUUUUAAACAAGAAACGUUUUGCUAUCUGUCCAACGAUUCAUAGGUGUGUAUAAAUGCCUCUGAUUAAAUGGAAACCAUAAAUCAUUUCAUUUUGGGAAGUCUUUCAGCCUUCAUAGGAAAGCACAGCCAGUUUUCCUCAAGAUUGCAAAUAUAUUUUACACUUGUCAAUGAUUAAACAACUUGGUGGUAUUAAUCACUGUUUACCUGUAUAAUAAAGAACUUGCUAGACAUGGAAUCCGUUUUCCCCCUCAACCUUCUGGAAGUGCUUCCAAGAAUAGGUAGCCACUUCCUUUUCUGAAAAUAGGAAACAAGACUGAAGUCACCUAGAGUGGAACUGAGAUACAACAAAAAGUAGCGUCAAUAACAAAGUGCUGUGGUUCCCUGCCUUCAGACCCUCUUCAGGCUGCUAUAUUGGUUUUUCUUUUGGCUUUGUAGGAAGAGACCCUCAAAAUAAAACAAAAACAAAUCUCCUUUGCCCUUGCAAAAUCUAGUAUUUCUUUCUUUUUCUUACACCUCGCUGAGAAGAGGUUUUUUUUAAAGCCCCUUCACCUUUACCCUUUCUUCCUUGGCUGGACUUUGUUAUUUAUAAACCAUGCAAAGCUAAUUAUAGUACAAAGCAGUUUAGCAAGCCACCUUUCCACCUUUGUUACUUCAGGAAGGCACUUGGAAGGGACAAGACGUGAGACAUGGCUAAGGACAAAGACAGGAGAGACUCCCUCCAAAUGAGUAUGAAGGGAUGCCGGACAAACAACGGGUUCGUCCAAAACGAAGACAUCCCGGAGACGGAGCCAGACUCAGGCAGCCCAGAGGACAACCUGCAGACCUGCGCCGUGGACGUCCAUGGCCCCAAGGUGCCCGACUUGAAGGGUGUGAAGCCCUUUGCGGGGAUGCCCAAGGAGGUGCUGCUCCAGUUCUCGGGCCAGGCCCGCUACCGGGUCCCACGGGAGGUCUUCUUCUGGCUCACCGUGGCUUCAGUGGUCGUGCUCAUUGGCAUCACCACAGCCAUCAUUGCCCUCUCUCCAAAGUGCCUGGACUGGUGGCAGGUGGGACCCAUGUACCAGAUCUACCCAAGGUCUUUCAAGGACAGUGACAAGGAUGGAAACGGAGAUCUGAAAGGUAUUCAAGAUAAACUGGACUAUAUCAGAGAUUUAAAUGUAAAAACUGUUUGGAUUACUUCAUUUUAUAAAUCAUCCCUUAAAGAUUUACGAUAUGGUAUUGAAGAUUUCCAAGAAAUCGAUCCCGUUUUUGGAACAAUGAAAGAUUUCGAGAAUCUGAUUGCAGCCAUACAUGAUAAAGGCUUAAAACUAAUAAUUGAUUUCAUACCAAACCACACCAGUGAUAAACAUACUUGGUUUCAAUUGAGUCGGAACCGGACAGAAAAGUAUACUGAUUAUUAUAUCUGGCAUAACUGUACCCACAUAAAUGGCAUGACCACACCACCCAACAACUGGUUAAGUGUAUAUGGAAACUCCAGUUGGCACUUCGACGAAGUACGAAAGCAAUGUUAUUUUCACCAGUUUAUGAAAGAGCAACCUGAUUUGAAUUUCCGCAGUCCUGCCGUUCAAGAAGAAAUAGAAAAAAUCCUACAGUACUGGCUCCAAAAAGGUGUUGAUGGCUUUAGUUUCGAUGCUGUUAAAUUUCUUCUAGAAGAAAGACAUCUGAGAAAUGAGAUCCAAGUGAAUGAGACUCAAAGUCCGGACACGGUCACACACUACUCAGAGCUGUACCAUGACUUCACCACCACUCAGGUGGGAAUGCAUGACAUUCUCCGGAGCUUCCGGCAGACUAUGGACCCCUACAGCAGGGAGCCUGGGAGGUACAGGUUCAUGGGAACUGAAGCCAAUGGGGAGAAUAUUGACAGAACCAUGAUGUACUACGGGCUGCCUUUUAUUCAGGAAGCAGAUUUUCCCUUUAACAGUUACCUCACCCAGCUAGACACUCCUGGGAACAGUAUAUUUAACAAGGUUAUCAUGUCCUGGAUGGAAAACAUGCCGGAGGGAAAAUGGCCUAAUUGGAUGAUUGGUGGACCGGAUAACUCUCGGCUGACUUCUCGUUUGGGGAAAGAAUAUGUCAAUAUCAUGAAUAUGCUCAUUUUAACACUCCCUGGCACUCCCAUAACUUACUAUGGGGAAGAAAUAGGAAUGGAAAAUAUUUUACCCACAAAUUUCAACGAAAUCUACGAUGUUAAUACCCUUCUCUCAAAGUCACCAAUGCAGUGGGACAACAGCUCAAAUGCUGGAUUUUCUGAAGGCAAUCACACCUGGUUACCCAUCAGUUCAGAUUACCACACUGUGAAUGUUGAUGUCCAGAAGACUCAGGACAGAUCAGCUUUGAAGUUAUAUCAAAAAUUAAGUUCACUUCAUGCCAAUGAGCUGCUCCUCAGCAGGGGCUGGUUUUGCCACGUGGAGAGUGGGGGGGAUGACAGCCAAGUUGUUGUGUACACGAGAGAGCUAGACGGCAUCGACAGAGUCUUUACCAUGGUUCUGAAUUUUGGAGAAUCAACAUCAAUAGUAAAUCUAGCAGAAAUGAUUUCAGGACUUCCCCCAACUGUGAGCGUAAGGAUAAGUACCAAUUCAGCCUACGACGGCAGUGCUGUUGAAACCAGUGCCAUUACACUGGGCAAGGGGGAAGGACACAUCCUUGAAUAUAGUACAAAGAAUCCCCUUCAUCGCCAAACAGCUCUCAGAGACAGAUGUUUUGUUUCCAGCCGGGCGUGCUAUUCCAGUGUGUUACACAUAUUGCACAGCUUGUGUUAGGCACCUCUGUGAAAGAGAUGAAGACGCUGGCACGCAUUUUGAUUAUAAGCAUCUGCAGUAACUUCCACAUAUAGCUUGCUGCUGAGUAAACUCUCUGAAUAGUCAUGAAUUCUUAGGUAUUUCUGUAGCUUGAAUAUAACUGUUUUAGGAAAGGUUCUCAAAUGUUCUUAAAUAGUAAUAAAAUACUUAAAAGAAAAUUAUCGCUUGCAGGAACUUGUAAAUUUAUGGAGAUAGCAUCAAUAAGAGAUGAUCAGAACGCCUUAGGAUCCCAGAUUAUUUGAAAGAUAUAAUUGAUUUUAAUGUGAAGAAUGUUACCUUUUCCUUAAAAUGCAGUCACAGAAACUGGAGGAUGACCCACUGCUACAGUGUCUAAAAAUGCUCACUGUUAAAGAGGCAGGGCAUUGAUUUGUAAACUGUUCCAACAAAACCUUAUUAAAACAAACACAAAGCUGUUGAUUGGUGGGGGUCACCCAGAGUCCUGCUGUCACCAGUCCCUCCCACGCUCCCUAUUCCAUGCCCUUUGAAGGUGCACGAUUUGAUGUGA